AAGUCAGUGGUUCACUUUCUUCCGCCAUACAUGCCCUUUGAUGGAAGUGGAACUAGCACAGACACACAUUUAUCCCCUUUAAAGCUUUGCCAUCUGCUAGCUAGCCACUUAGAUAUCAUAGCAGUGGCAAAUAUGGUCUCUUUAAGGCCAUGCUUUCUUUUCAUUCUUAUCUGCAUCGCGAUAAUUAAUCAUGCACAUUCCAACAAUGAUCGGAAGACUUACAUUGUCUAUAUGGGUGAUCAUCCUAAGGGCAUGGACUCCACUUCCAUACCUUCUCUUCAUACAUCCAUGGCUCAAAAGGUUCUUGGCAGCGACUUCCAACCCGAAGCUGUACUUCACAGCUACAAAAACUUUAAUGCAUUCGUCAUGAAGUUAACAGAAGAGGAGGCAAAAAGAAUGGCAGAAAUGGACAACGUUAUCUCUGUUUUCCCAAACAAGAAGAAUCGUCUUCACACAACAAGGUCGUGGGACUUCGUGGGCCUUCCUCAGAAUGUGAAAAGAGCAACCACAGAGAGUGACAUAAUUGUGGGAGUAUUAGACACGGGAGUUUGGCCAGAGUCUGAGAGCUUCAGUGACAAAGGAUUUGGUCCUCCACCAACCAAAUGGAAAGGAUCUUGUCAUAACUUCACCUGCAACAACAAAAUAAUUGGUGCAAAGUACUUCAAUCUGGAAAAUCACUUUACCAAAGAUGAUAUCAUAUCUCCAAGAGACUCGCAAGGUCACGGAUCACACUGUGCAUCCACAGUUGCUGGAAACUCAGUAAACUCUGCAAGUCUAUUUGGAUUUGGCUCAGGGACUGCUCGUGGAGGAGUUCCAUCUGCCCGAAUUGCUGUGUACAAAGUAUGUUGGCUCACAGGGUGUGGUGAUGCUGACAACCUUGCAGCAUUUGAUGAAGCUAUUAGUGAUGGAGUAGACAUCAUUUCUAUUUCAACUGGAGCCUCUGGAAUAGUACACGAUCCUUAUUUUCAUGAUUCAAAUAAUAUAGGAAGUUUCCAUGCAAUGAAAAGGGGGAUAUUAACCUCAAAUUCUGGCAACAAUUUGGGCCCUUCUCUUUACUCAAUGACAAAUUAUGCACCAUGGUUAGUUUCUGUGGCUGCUAGCACUUUUGACAGAAAGAUUGUCACCAAGGUGCAAUUGGGCAAUGGGGCUAUUUAUGAGGGAGUUUCAAUUAACACAUAUGAUCUUAAGAAAAAAUUCUAUCCACUGGUUUACGGUGGAGAUAUACCUAAUAUUGCUGGAAGACAUAACAGCUCCACAUCCAGGUAUUGCGUAGAGGACUCUUUGGAUAAACAUUCAGUGAAGGGAAAGAUUGUUCUGUGUGACCUAAUUCAAGCUCCUGAAGACGUGGGGAUUUUAUCUGGGGCAACUGGUGUUAUAUUUGGAAUUAAUUACCCUCAAGAUUUGCCCGGAACAUAUGCCCUACCUGCUUUGCAGAUUGCUCAGUGGGAUCAAAGACUCAUUCAUUCUUACAUAACUUCAACCAGAAAUGCAACAGCCACAAUAUUUAGGAGUGAAGAAAUAAAUGAUGGGCUAAUGCCUUUCAUAGCUUCAUUCUCAUCAAGAGGUCCAAAUCCAAUCACACCAAAUACCCUAAAGCCUGACAUUGCUGCUCCCGGAGUUGAAGUUAUAGCUGCAUGGUCUCCAGUUGCCUCACUUUCUCAAUUUGAGGGUGACAAAAGAGCUGUACAAUAUAAUGUAAUCUCUGGCACUUCAAUGGCCUGCCCUCAUGCUACUGCAGCAGCUGCAUAUGUCAAAUCAUUUCACCCUAGUUGGUCUCCUGCUAUGAUCAAGUCUGCGUUGAUAACCACUGCUACUCCAAUGAGUCCUAUUCUUAAUCCUGAAGCUGAAUUUGCAUAUGGAGCAGGACUAAUUAAUCCUGUUAAGGCCGCAAAUCCUGGUUUAGUAUAUGAUAUUAACGAAGCAGAUUAUAUCAAGUUCUUGUGUGGAGAGGGGUAUACAGAUAAAGAGCUUCGAAUCCUCACAGAAGAUCAUAGCAGUUGUAGUGGACGAGCUAACAAGAAAGCUGUAUAUGAAUUAAACCUCCCAACAUUUGCUCUUUCUGUUAAUGGCUUAGAUUAUAGUCGUGCUUAUCGAAGAACAGUUACAAAUGUGGGAUCGGCAACAUCUACUUAUAAGGCCAAAGUAAUUGCUCCAUCCUUGUUCAAUAUUCAAGUGAAACCUAGUACUCUUUCCUUCACAUCUAUAGGCCAGAAAAAGUCAUUUUACGUCAUAAUUGAAGGGACAAUUAACGUGCCAAUAAUCUCUGCUACAUUGAUUUUGGAUGAUGGCAAGCAUCAAGUUAGAAGCCCAAUUGUAGCCUACAAGGCACCAAAUAAUUGAUUGAUCCUAAGAGUGUGAAACAAUAUAAAAUAAAUGAAAAUGAAAGUUGAGUGACUGAA